GGGCUCUGUCGUCACUUCCCUGGUGGAGAACGGAAACUGGCGAAUCCACGAAAUAGCGAAAAGCUUCGAGGGGUGAUGCUUGGACGAAUAUAUUAUCGAACCACAUAACCUAAAUACCAAGGACCUGCUUUCAGUUGAUACGUUUUAUAUAGAGCCGUCGACAGAAGACCCACAAAUGUCUGCCCAAGCUCAAAUGAGAGCGCUGCUCGACCAGCUGAUGGGAACAGCGAGGGAUGGUUCAGUGUAUCUUUGCCAGCCUACAUCAAUCUGCAAAGGAGUUGCAGAAAAGCCUCAUGUUCAUCGAGCCGUGAGUCACACAUAAUUUUUAAAGCUGUUAUGAUGAAUAUCCAAACAAUUUGUUUGCCUUCCGGAAGUUAUUGUAGCCUUUUUGUAAUCAAACAAAUGGGUUAAUCUUCAGUGGCACAAGAAUUACAAUUUGGAGUAGUAUUCUACAGUCUGAGCUAAGACGUCUGGUCGCGUUGAAAUCCAAACGAAAUCCAAAUCGUCUGUUUUCAGAAGGCAAUUUUUGCAUUCAGUCGAAACAAACACUUUGCACACAUCAUUUACAAUCUGACUUGUGUAUGACUCCCAACUUCUUACUACAGGUAUGGGCAAGAAAACUGUUCCCAUUUAUACUUUUCUACAGCGGGUUUAAAAUUCUGCAGCUGAGGUCUUGAAGAUGCAGAAGGGUACAGUAUGUGGUGCAGAUCGCAGUGUGUAUAAACUAAUUUUUUUGUCCUUGGAUUUCUUUUGUAUUUUGUUUUUUUCUUCAAUGUUUUCUAUUUGUAAAGGUCUUCGCUGGAACAUUUGUCUGAAGUGUUUACAUCUCUUGUCACAGUCUUAAUAGCAGGUUUUCCUGCAUAGCCUUAUUUCCAACUAAUGUGAUGAUAUGUAAUGAAAAUGUUAAAGUCAAAGUAGUUUUAUCUAUAUUGGUUGAAUCAAACAACCAUUCACCAGUAAUGUGUCCUUCUGAGCUCAAUCCUUUGAUGCUCCAUGUUUACAGAGUGGGCGUUGAGCCUGAUCACAAGUUAAACUGAAUCAAGGCUCUAUUAUUUCCACAUUUUUAUCAAGGUUUGGGUAAGGUAAACAUCAACAAUAACAGGAAGUGUAACAUACAUGCAGAGCCACAAGUAACAGCUACAAUGUUGACAUAAACAUGGUCUACUAGAUGCACAUUUAGUUUUUUACUGGUAAAUAUUUUGUUGCACUGAUACAGUGCAAGGGAAAACUUUGACAAUUGGAAGUCUUCACACAGGCACAUAAUCCUUGUACGCAGUUAUAUUGAGAGAUAUCUGCUCAAUUAAUUAAAUGCAGUUCCAGUUUUAUAUAUGUGAAUGUAUUAAAGCACUGGCUGCCUCGCACUUGCUACCAAAUAUGUGAGGUCUUUCUCACUGGUUGUCUUUUGGAUUGUUUCAGGCGAUGAGACGAGGCAGAGGGUCAAGUACUCUGAUGAGCGAGUCUGCAAAAGUCAUCUUCUCAACUGCUGUCCACAUGACAUCCUGUCUGGAACUCGUAUGGACCUGGGAGAGUGCACCAAGAUUCACGACCUGGCGCUUCGGGCAGAUUAUGAAAUUGCCUCCAAGGAUAGAGAUUUGUUCUUUGAGCUUGACGCGGUGGAUCACCUGGAGUCAUUCAUUGCCGACUGUGACCGGAGGACAGAAUUAGCCAAGAAGCGCCUUGCUGAGACCCAAGAAGAGAUCAGUGCUGAGGUUGCAGCAAAGGCAGAGAAGGUUCAUGAGCUGAAUGAAGAAAUAGGAAAGCUGCUGGCCAAGGCUGAGCAGCUCGGAGCUGAGGGAAAUGUGGACGAGGCACAGAAGGUCCUGCAGGAAGUGGAGAAGGUCCGCGCCAGGAAGAAGGAUGCAGAGGAAGAGUAUAGAAACUCGAUGCCGGCCUCAAGCUUUCAGCAACAGAAGCUUCGGGUGUGUGAGGUAUGCUCUGCUUACCUGGGUCUCCAUGACAACGACCGUCGUUUGGCCGACCAUUUUGGUGGGAAGCUUCACCUGGGCUUCAUCCAGAUCAGAGAGAAACUUGACCAACUAAAGAAAACUGUGGUUGACAAGCAGGAGCAAAGGAACCAGGAGCGCUUAAAGAGACGAGAAGAGCGGGAGAAAGAGGAACAAAUGAAGAAGAGGACCAGAUCACGAAGCAAAGAGCAGAGAAGGUCCCGUUCUCGUGACCGCAGGAGGCGGCGCUCACGCUCCACAUCACGGGACAAGCGCCGCUCACACUCGCGCUCCAGGGAGAGGAGGCGGCGACACCGCACCCGUUCCCGCUCCCGCAGCCGUGGCCACCGUCACAGCCACGAGCAGAGCUCCAGACACAAGUCUUCCAGGGACCAAGAGCGCUCGUCCAGAGACCGGUCACGGGAGCGAGACAGGAGGGAUGGCAUGAACGGAAGAUCGGACUCCCGUCGGGCAGACGACCGGGACACGGGGGACUUCUGAAGACCCGACACCCUCGACCACUGACACACAGUCUCCUCCUGUCUCUCUGGUUAACGUAACACUCUGUCUUUGCCUUGACCCCUUUGUUCUCCUGCCUGCCUCCUUCCUUUGCUUUGACAUCUAAUGCCGCCGACACAGAGCGUACAUAUACCUGAAAUAUUGUAUUGAGUCAAUAAUCUAGCAUCCAGAUAAAUCAGAUUGCAUUUUGGGUGGCAGGACUAGUUAUUGAUCCGUAGUGGAGUGUAUUGUAAUACCCACAUCUGUAAUCUGGUGGCUGUCUGUCCAACACGUCCCGUGUCUUGUUAUAAACUCCCCUACAAUGAUUCCAACAGAUGCAGCAAAUUUUAACCAAUGAUCUGCUGGAUUGAAGCAUAAAAUGGAACUGAUCCACAUUCUUUGAUUAUUAGCGGAUGGUCGUUUGAUACAGAAUCUCUGUAAAUAUUUUGUGGGCCUACUGAUUGUCAUGGUGUGAAAAUCCACAUCCGAUCAAGAAGUUUUUUUUUUUUAUCUCCCUCUGCUUUGAGUGCAGUUCUUGAAUGUUUGUCCACAUAUUGGUCUCAAUUCAAAAUGAACACUCUUAAAUUGGUAAUAUUAGCAUUAACUUUCUCUCUUGUUGUCCAAAUCAAUUUUUAUUUUAUGCUGCAAGUAGUGAAGGGAAUCUUUUCCGUUAUUUUGGCCAAGUUAAUGCUUGUUUUUAGUUUGUGUCUUGUUUUAAAAUUUGUUCUAGCUUCAUUUCUUUUAAUUUAAAUUGAUGAGAGUAUGUGGCAGCAUGUGAAGUAGGUUCAGAAAUUAUACAUUGGAAAUUCAAUGCUGAGAAUACACACUUUAUGGGUCGAGUUGACAAAUUUCUUUGUGUAGAUUUAUACUUAAAUGCAGACCAACUUUAAUGGAUGCAUUGCUUUACCUAAUGUGUGAAGUUAUGUUUAUUUUCUGCUGGAAAUCUUUCUUUUAAGUCUCAAUUAAAAACUACCAUUUUA